AUGUGCUCAUCACUUGUGAAUGUUUGCUUUCCACAGCUCUCAUUCCUGCAAAGAAUGAAUUUGAGCCACCUGGAGAAUAUGCCUUUAGGCCAUUCAAGUCCUCAAAGAGCACAGAGACCAUCCUGGAAGAAAUGGCUACUCUACUCAACAACAGUUAUUUUGCUAUUACUUUGCUCCUUCAGUACACUAAUCUUUACUUGUCUUCCACUCAAGACUGUCAAUGGGCCCUGUAUUGCAAAGUUUGGACCAUUACCUUCAAAAUGGCAAAUGCCCUCUCCUGAGCCUUCUUGUGUGAAUAAGACAGCUGAUUGGAGGCUGAAAAUACUUCAGAAUGGUUUGUAUUUAAUUUACGGCCAAGUGGCUCCCAAUACAGCCUACAAGGGGCGAGCUCCUUUUGAGGUGCUGCUACGUAAGAAUGAAGACCCCAUACAAGCUCUAACGAACAACUCUACAAUCCAGAACGUAGGAGGGGCUUAUGAAUUCCAUGCUGGAGAUGUAAUAGACUUGAUAUUCAACGCUGAACAUCAGGUUCUAAAAAAUAACACAUACUGGGGGAUCUUUUUGCUAGCAAAUCCCCAGUUCAUCUCCUAGAGACUCGAUUUGGUCUCCUCCGUCCUCUUCAGCACAUGCAGAGAU